CCUCAGGCUCCUGGUGACUCCAUGGCUGAGGCGGCGGCGGCGGCGGCGGCGGCGGCGGCGGCGGCGGCGCCGUGAGGAAGGAGUCCGCGUCCGCGGUGGCUGAGGCGGCGGCCGGCUCCAGGCCGGGUUUUGGCGCCCGCCCGCCUGCUGCCUCCUGGCGGCUCCUGAACUCCAGCCCCCUCUCUAUCAGCCUCUCACUCCGUCUCAAUAUGUCUCAAGAUGGCGGCCAAUGUGGGAUCGAUGUUUCAAUAUUGGAAGCGCUUUGAUUUACAGCAGCUGCAGAGAGAACUUGAUGCCACCGCAACAGUAUUGGCAAACAGGCAAGAUGAGAGUGAACAGUCCAGAAAACGGCUCAUUGAGCAGAGCCGAGAAUUCAAGAAGAACACUCCAGAGGAUUUGCGCAAGCAGGUAGCACCACUGCUCAAGAGCUUCCAAGGGGAGAUUGAUGCACUGAGUAAAAGAAGCAAAGAAGCAGAGGCAGCCUUCUUGACUGUAUACAAGAGAUUAAUUGAUGUUCCAGAUCCUGCACCAGCCCUGGACCUGGGGCAACAGCUGGAAAUAAAAGUGCAGCGUCUACACGACAUUGAAACAGAGAACCAGAAACUUAGGGAGACACUAGAAGAGUACAACAAGGAAUUUGCCGAAGUGAAAAAUCAAGAGGUUACGAUAAAAGCACUUAAGGAGAAAAUCCGAGAAUACGAGCAGACUCUGAAGAGCCAGGCCGAGACCAUUGCUCUGGAGAAGGAACAGAAGCUGCAAAAUGAUUUUGCAGAGAAGGAGAGGAAGCUGCAAGAAACCCAGAUGUCCACCACCUCAAAGCUGGAGGAGGCCGAGCACAGACUCCAGACUCUGCAAACAGCCCUGGAAAAAACUCGAACAGAAUUAUUUGACCUGAAAACCAAAUAUGAUGAAGAAACUACUGCAAAAGCUGAUGAGAUGGAGAUGAUCAUGACUGACCUCGAACGAGCCAACCAGAGGGCAGAGGUGGCACAGAGAGAGGCAGAGACUUUAAGGGAACAGCUCUCAUCGGCCAAUCACUCUCUCCAGCUGGCCUCACAGAUCCAGAAGGCUCCGGAUGUGGAGCAGGCCAUAGAGGUGCUGACCCGAUCCAGCCUGGAAGUAGAGUUGGCUGCCAAAGAACGGGAGAUCGCCCAGCUGGUGGAAGAUGUGCAGCGACUCCAGGCCAGCCUCACCAAACUGCGGGAGAAUUCGGCCAGCCAGAUCUCACAGCUGGAGCAGCAGCUGAGCGUCAAGAAUAGCACACUCAAACAACUGGAAGAAAAACUCAAAGGCCAGGCUGACUAUGAAGAGGUGAAGAAAGAGCUUAACACCCUGAAGUCCAUGGAGUUUGCACCAUCGGAAGGAACAGGGACGCAGGACUCUACCAAGCCCCUGGAGGUUUUGCUCCUGGAGAAGAACCGCUCGCUGCAGUCUGAGAACGCCACGCUGCGCAUCUCCAACAGCGACCUGAGCGGGUCAGCCAGGAGAAAAGGGAGAGACCAGCCUGAGAGUCGGCGCCCGGGACCCUUGCCGGCCUCCCCUCCUCCUCAGUUGCCCCGCAACACGGGGGAACAGGUUUCCAAUACUAACGGUACACACCACUUCUCACCAGCGGGGUUAAGUCAAGACUUUUUCAGCUCAAACCUGGCCAGCCCCAGCCUACCCCUGGCUUCUACAGGAAAGUUUGCACUAAACUCUCUUCUCCAGCGACAGCUAAUGCAGUCCUUCUACUCCAAGGCCAUGCAGGAAGCCGGAAGCACAAGCACGAUUUUUUCAACAGGUCCUUACAGCACAAACUCCAUACCUUCCCCAAGUCCGUUACAACAAAGCCCAGACGUAAACGGCAUGGCCCCCUCUCCCAGCCAAUCAGAAAGCGCUGGGAGCGUCUCAGAGGGCGAGGAAAUUGAUACAGCAGAGAUCGCCCGGCAGGUCAAAGAACAGCUGAUAAAGCACAACAUUGGACAGCGCAUCUUUGGACACUAUGUCUUGGGACUGUCUCAAGGGUCUGUGAGUGAGAUUCUGGCCCGGCCGAAGCCCUGGAAUAAGCUGACUGUCCGUGGCAAGGAGCCAUUCCACAAAAUGAAGCAGUUCUUGUCUGAUGAGCAGAACAUCCUGGCACUUCGUAGCAUCCAAGGCAGACAGAGAGAGAAUCCAGGCCAGAGCCUGAACAGACUCUUUCAGGAAGUACCGAAACGAAGAAAUGGGUCUGAAGGUAACAUCACUACCCGGAUCCGAGCCUCCGAGACUGGUUCUGAUGAAGCGAUCAAGUCCAUCCUAGAACAAGCCAAGAGGGAACUUCAAGUGCAGAAAACCGCUGAACCAGUCCAGCCAUCUUCUGCAUCCAGCAGUGGGAACUCUGAUGACGCCAUCCGCUCCAUCCUACAGCAGGCCCGCCGGGAGAUGGAGGCCCAGCAGGCUGCCCUUGACCCUGCCUUAAAGCCAGCACCACUGUCCCAGCCUGACCUCGCCAUCCUCACUCCCAAGCUCCUGUCUGCCUCGCCCAUGUCUACUGUGUCCACUUUUUCCCCUCUUGCCGUCCCCCUGAAGAAAACCCCCGCAGCACCUGAGGCCAGUACCUCUGCCUUGCCCAGUGCCCCAGCCCUCAAAAAAGAGGCUCAGGAUGCACCCAGCCUGGACCCACCAGGAUCAACUGAUGCUGCCCAGGGGGUACUGAGGCAGGUGAAGAGUGAGCUGGUCCGAGGCAGCCCCUGGAAGGAUCCCUGGUGGAGCCCUAUCCAGCCUGAAAGAAGAAAUCUCACCUCUUCCGAGGAGACCAAGGUGGACGAAGCAGCUGCAGGUGGGAAGGAAAAGGCGAGCAGCAGCCAGCCUCGGGCUGAGCGCAGCCAGCUCCAGGGACCCUCGUCGGCAGCAGCAGCAGAGUACUGGAAGGAGUGGCCCAGUGCUGAGUCGCCAUACUCCCAGAGCUCAGAGCUGAGCCUCACUGGAGCCAGCCGCAGCGAGACACCCCAGAACAGCCCUCUGCCCUCCUCCCCAAUCGUGCCCAUGGCAAAGCCGGCAAAGCCCUCAGUGCCCCCACUGACUCCUGAGCAGUAUGAGGUCUACAUGUAUCAGGAAGUGGACACCAUUGAGCUCACCCGGCAGGUCAAAGAGAAGCUGGCAAAGAACGGCAUUUGCCAGAGGAUCUUUGGGGAGAAGGUUCUGGGCCUGUCCCAGGGCAGUGUCAGUGACAUGCUCUCAAGGCCAAAGCCAUGGAGCAAACUGACCCAGAAAGGCCGAGAACCCUUCAUCCGGAUGCAGCUCUGGCUGAAUGGAGAGCUAGGCCAGGGUGUCCUGCCUGUGCAAGGGCAGCAACAAGGGCCAGUCCUCCACUCAGUGACACCUCUGCAGGACCCCCUCCAGCAGGGCUGUGUGAGCUCAGAAAGCACUCCAAAGACCUCUGCCAGCUGCAGCCCUGCCCCUGAGUCCCCAAUGAGCUCCAGCGAGUCUGUGAAGAGUCUCACCGAGCUGGUCCAGCAGCCCUGUCCCGCCAUUGAGACCAGUAAAGAAGGCAAACCACCAGAACCCAGCGACCCACCUGCCUCAGACUCCCAACCCACAACACCGCUGCCUCUCUCUGGACACUCAGCCCUCAGCAUCCAAGAAUUAGUAGCCAUGUCUCCCGAGCUGGACACCUACGGCAUAACCAAGAGGGUCAAAGAGGUGCUGACGGACAACAACCUCGGUCAGCGUUUAUUUGGGGAGACCAUCCUGGGGCUCACCCAGGGCUCUGUCUCCGACCUCCUUGCCCGCCCAAAGCCCUGGCACAAGCUCAGUCUGAAAGGCCGAGAGCCCUUUGUCCGCAUGCAGCUGUGGCUGAAUGACCCCAACAACGUGGAGAAGCUGAUGGACAUGAAGCGGAUGGAGAAGAAAGCCUACAUGAAGCGGCGACACAGCUCUGUCAGUGACAGCCAGCCCUGUGAACCCCCCUCUGUGGGCAUCGACUACAGCCAAGGCGCCAGCCCCCAGCCGCAACACCAGCUGAAGAAGCCUCGAGUGGUGCUGGCUCCAGAGGAGAAGGAAGCGCUGAAGCGAGCCUAUCAGCAGAAGCCAUACCCGUCACCAAAAACGAUCGAGGAGCUUGCCACACAACUCAACCUGAAGACCAGCACCGUCAUCAACUGGUUCCAUAAUUACAGGUCUCGGAUCCGCAGAGAACUGUUCAUUGAGGAGAUUCAAGCCGGGAGCCAGGGCCAGGCCGGUGCCAGCGACUCACCUUCGGCCCGAAGUGGCCGCGCCGCACCCAGCUCAGAAGGCGACAGCUGUGACGGUGUGGAGGCCGCCGACGUCGAGGAGCCAGGUGGCGCCACGGUGGCCACCAAGUCUCAGGGAGGGCCGGCAGAGGUGGCCGCGGCCCCGGCCGACCGGGAAGAGGCGACGCCGCCCGCCGAGAAGGCCAAGGCGCAGCCGCUAUCCUCGGUGCCCCCAGGACAGGACGACGCUGAAGACGCGGGCCGGCCGAGGCCACCGCCCGAGGGCCUCGCCGACACCCCGGCGCCUGUGCCAAACCUCGCCGCACCCGCGGCCGGAGAGGACGCCGCUACCUCAGCCACCGCGACGGCCCCCGAGGCCCCGGCCAGGGCGGGCCCUGCGGAGAGGAGUUCUGCGUUGCCAAGCACCAGCGCGCCCGCCAGCGCGCCUGCGCGGAGGCCGAGCUCCCUGCAGAGCCUCUUCGGCCUGCCCGAGGCGGCGGGCGCCCGGGACAACCCGGUGCGGAAGAAGAAGGCGGCGAACUUGAACAGCAUCAUCCACCGCCUGGAGAAGGCUGCCAGCCGGGAGGAGCCCAUUGAAUGGGAGUUCUGAGGGCGCCGGGCCGCUGGGCCUGACCAGCAGCGCCUCGCCGGGCCGGCCGGGCCUCCUUGCGCCCAGCGGGUCCCAGCCGGGCCUAGUCCGCACUGGCUAGGGGUGGGCCGGGGCGGGCCGGGGCAGGCGGGCGCGGAGGGCGGUGCGACCCGAGGCCUGGACGUGUUGCGCGCACUUACCGCCCUGCGGGCCACAGGGCAAAAUCGCCAUAGGCCAAGGUGCAUAUAGAAAACAAAGGAGCAUUAAGCCCAAUCUAUGUCGUGUUUUCAAGGAAGAAAACGGAAAUGUGUAGUCGAGCUUUUUUGUACCCUGAAGUGUUUUUUUUUUAUUGCCCUUAAAAGUGAUUUCCACAGGUUCUGGAAUAACUCUUUACAGCUUUUGCCUUGUGCCCUCCUCUUUCGUGUGGGCUUUAAAAAAAAAAAUCAAACCCACAUAUUAAAAGGGGGCUUUUUAUCUGCCAUCUAAUGGCUUCAGAGCGAUAAUACACUAUUAUCUUCUUAAACCAGGAAGGGGGGGAUUUUUCAGAAAAAUUAAAAAAGAAAGUUUUUGUAGCUGUUCAGUUGCCACUAAGAGAUUGCACAGUCAAACCGACUCUAAACACACUAGUUUGGAUUCCUAAAUAUUUUCAAGAAAAGAAUCUUCUCGUUUGAAACUUUGAAUUAAAAUA